AUGUCUAUUUUAUAUCGUGUGAUACCAUUAAUACUUUUUCUUCUUGUCUAUGUUGUUGGUCUUAUUGGUAAUGGACUUUUAAUAUUUAUUGUAUUUCGUCAAAAAAAUUUACGAACAGUACCGAAUUUACUUGUUGUUAGUUUGGCAUUGGGAGAUUUUUUAUUUGUUUUAUUUUGUGUACCAUUUGGAGCUGUUGCUUAUUCAUUAGAAUAUUAUCCAUUUUCAACAUUUUAUUGUCGUUUUGAAAAUUUUAUUAUUAAUCUUUCACUUGGUGUUUCUGUUUUUUCUUUAUUAGCAUUAAGUGCUGAUCGUUAUAAAAUAAUUUCCAAACCAUUUUCAAGUCAUGCUAAUGAUCCGGCGAAUAAAUUAAAAACAGUUGUUAUAUCUAUUUGGCUUUUAUCCAUUUUUCUUGCUCUACCAGAAACAAUGUAUAGUGGUCUUAUUACAGAAACGUAUAAUCAAACAAAUAACAAAACCAUUAAAUUAAUUUAUUGUUGGAGUCCAAAUGAAAGUCAUUUACUUUCUAAUCAUACAUUUAUGAUCAGUCGACAAAUUAUACGUCUUAUUAUUUAUUACAUAAUGCCACUUAUAUUUGUUUCCAUAUUUUACACACUUAUUGCAAAGCAUUUAUUUCAAGCCAAAACUGCUAUUUUAAUACCCAUGUCAACUCAACCAUUUGUGAACGAAGCAUCUAAUACAAAAAGAGGACAAAUAAAUAUUAAAUCAACAAAAUCGAUAUCCAAUAAUGCGCAUUUACAUAAUCAUACUAUUCAAGAACAAAGACAUCAUAAUGAAAUAAUUAAUAAUAAUUAUAAAAAAAAUCUUUCAAAACAUUCAAUAACACUUGAGAAUGAAGAAUUAACGAGCACGUAUGAAUCAUCUCCUGCGUCAUUACGAACAACAUCUUUAUUAUCAUCGUCCUUAACAGAUAAAGUACGGCGUAAUAGAGAAUUUCUUUAUACUAAUUCAGCUAUAAAUAAUAAUAAUAAUAAUAAUAAUAAUAUGGCUAUGCAUACAUUAUAUCGAGAUGUUAAAAUACGAAAACAAUUACGAGCACGACAUAAAGUUGCUAAAACUGUCCUUUUUUUAUGCAUUGUCUUUUUUAUAUGUUGGUUACCGAAGCAAAUUCAUGAUUUAUAUUGGUUCAUUGGUGUAAUUGUGUAUUCUGCACAUUGGAAUCACUUUUGGCAAUUUAAUAAAACAUUAGCACUUAUUUUUUCUUAUACUUACUCAUGUAUCAAUCCAUUUGCACUUUAUGUUCUUUCAACAACAUUCCGUCAUUUUUAUAAACGUUAUUUAUUCUUUUGGACGAAUAGAUCAUGUUGUUGUUCGAAAGGUGAUUUUGUUAAUCAAACACAACGACAUCGUACUGGUGAUAUGAUGACAAUCAGUGAAUAUCAACGUCAAUCAUCUGCAAAUAAUGCUUCAAAUGUUUAUUAUGAUUUAAAUCGAAUAAAAAAUUCAAAUUUUUCUCAACAACAACAACAACAACAAAAUUCUACAAAAAUGAAUCGAUAUAUGCCUACCGAUGUGUCAUUAACGGGAAAUGGAAUUCAACUUAAUGAAAAUCUUGAUCAAUCAAUUAAUAUAAAUGCGAGUUGA